AGGAAGAGAAGCGCACAAGAAGUGACCGCUAGCUUCAUGUCAACGCUAUCGCGAUCAGCAAACACACAACGAGAGAGGGACGGAUAUCGAUUAAAAAGGACAGGGAGGCCGCUUCGAUCGUCCUGGAAACAGUGGGAUCCAACGCUUGAAUAUAUGCAUCGCGUCCACACCGAGAGAGGGUGACUACGUUUUAAAAAGGACGAGUUGUUGCAACCCCCAGAAACAUCAGCUCUGCUUGGUGUCUCCAGCCAGCGCCAUCUCUCCCGGUCCGGUGUGGACCAUGGGGAACGCGGCCACGGCCAAGAAGGGCACCGAGCUGGAGAACGAGACCUUUGUGAAAGAGUUCCUAGCGAAGGCCAAAGAAGACUUUUUACGAAAAUGGGAAUGCCCGCCACAGAGCACGACGUGCCUCGAUGACUUUGAGAGAUUAAAGACGCUUGGAACCGGCUCGUUCGGGAGGGUCAUGCUGGUGAAGCACAAGUCCACCGAGCAGUACUUCGCCAUGAAGAUAUUGGAGAAGCAGAAGGUGGUGAAACUCAAGCAGAUAGAGCACACGCUAAAUGAGAAGAGAAUAUUACAGGCGGUCAGCUUCCCCUUCCUCGUCAAACUCGAUUAUUCGUUCAAGGACAACUCAAAUUUGUACAUGGUGAUGGAGUACGUUCCCGGGGGAGAGAUGUUCUCCCAUCUAAGACGAAUCGGCAGGUUCAGUGAACCGCACGCACGCUUCUACGCAGCCCAGAUAGUGCUGACAUUCGAGUACCUCCAUUCAUUAGACCUUAUCUACAGAGACCUGAAACCGGAGAAUCUCCUCAUCGACCACCAAGGCUAUAUUCAGGUGACAGAUUUUGGAUUUGCCAAGAGAGUAAAAGGGAGGACUUGGACGCUGUGUGGAACACCGGAGUACCUGGCCCCAGAGAUCAUUCUAAGCAAAGGCUACAACAAGGCUGUAGACUGGUGGGCCCUUGGGGUCCUGGUUUAUGAGAUGGCGGCCGGCUACCCGCCGUUCUUUGCAGAUCAACCUAUCCAGAUCUAUGAGAAGAUUGUUUCUGGAAAAGUGCGAUUCCCUUCCCACUUCAGCUCUGAUUUAAAAGACCUGUUGAGGAACCUGCUGCAGGUGGACCUGACCAAGCGCUAUGGCAACCUGAAGAACGGCGUCAACGACAUCAAGGGCCACAAGUGGUUCGCCACCACCGACUGGAUCGCCAUCUACGAGAGGAAGGUGGAGGCCCCGUUCAUCCCCAAGUGUCGGGGCCCCGGGGACACGAGCAACUUCGACGAGUACGAGGAGGAAGAGGUCCACGUGUCGCAAACGGAGAAAUGCGGCAAGGAGUUUGCCGAGUUUUAAAGAUACGAGAGCGUGGGAACAUCAGGGCUAAAACACAUAAAACGGAACCACGGCGCUCUUCAAAAGGACUCUGGGAAGAAGAAGAGAGGGCAGAGACCGACGUUGUUCACGUCUACUACAUUAACCCCUCGAUUCCACACCGCUGAAUGAGGUCGCCAUGAUCCACUUUAUACUUCUACUACUUCUAGUUGAUGUUGUGCUCCCCUUUUUAAGAUGUUUUGUUUUACUUUGAGAGGAGAACUCGGGCCGACGCCCGAGUUCACACCAUUACAGAAUUAUGUGUCCAAUGAUACACACUAAGGGCGACGCGCAUCGCAGGCCGUCUCAUCCUUCAAUCAAAUUUGUAUAUAAAAGUAUAAGAAUAUAUUAAUCUUGAUACGUUUUGGCAUUUCUUUUUAAAAUCAGGUUUGAAAAGGUUACUGAAGAAUGAUACUAUGAUGUUGUGUAUGAUAUGGGAUUGUUAUUGUUAUCGUCAGAUUUCUAUAUGAUAAUAUAAAUAUGUUGAAAGUGCUAGACGCUGGCACCUAAUUUUCAGAGGCUAAAAGGGAAGGCUGUUGCAGAGGUUGUGCUUGAGUCAGUCCUGGUUCACACCUGUACGAGUUUGGCUAAAGGCAGAGGGUACAACUCAUGGAGGAAAGAGGGGGAUAUAUAUAUAUAUAUAUGAGAUUUUGAGUUAUACUUUUGUUUUUCACCCUAUAAAACAACCAAUAUAUCAUAUUGGUAUGAUGCAAGACAGUAAGUUAAAUACUGACUCAUGAUUACUUUUAUUUGGAACAUUGCUAUUGCCAUGAAUAUCCACAAUAUUGAUGUCCAUUUUGGGGAAAAUCUACAUUCGUAAUGUGGGCAAUUCUACAACUUGAUUUAAAUGUUCAAACGCUUUCCGUAACUGCCUCUUCUAUGUCAGAUAUAUAUGUAUGGUCAGCCCCAGGUCCGGAAAAUUGGCCGCGGUAACGUUCGUUCGAGCCAAUUGCAGAGCAGUGGUACUGUGUCCUACGUGCAUAUCUGUCCGUUCUGUAAGACACAUGAACAUGUUGAGUGUUUCAAAGCAUGACCAAAUAGAAAACAUAACAGAAGAAGAAGGGGUGUCUCCCCCUCUCUUUGCUUUUGCCUUAGAGAACCAUGUCCUCAGACCCCCCCCCCACACAUCAGUUCACUGCCUACUUAGUAUUCAGACUCAGCCAACAAUAGCCAUUGCACAAAAUGACAAACCGUUUUACAGGAAGUAAAUCUCAAAUUUUGUUUUGUUUGUUUGGGUCUUAUUGCUAUGUAAAAAAACGAUGUAAUUUGCUGUUUCACAAAUUAUUUUUGCCGUGUCUACCAUUAUAUUCACUCUGUUCCUAGUCUGUCUGCUUAUAAAAGAGAGUUUGAUAAGAGUUUUUUGAAGCAGUCUGACUCCAGUAUAGGGGAAGAAGGAGACUAAAUCCUUUUUAGGGAUUGUAGAGAGUAAUGUAAAGUUCAACAGUUUAAUGUGUAUAGGAUUGCGGCUCUGUGCCUCAACGUUGUUUGUGAAGUAUUGCAGAAGUACACUCUUUAUAAUACUGUUAACAUGAAGAUGUUUUUUCAAUCUUCUAAGACAGAAUUGCAAAAUGGCAUGUCUUUUUUUUUCCUCUCCUGUUGCUGUUACCAAUUUGUUCCUUGUUUGUUCCAAUCAUUUUAAAGAAUGUAGAUUUGCAACUUAUAGGGAUGCAUCUUUUGGAGAAAAUAAACUUUCAAGGUACAAAUGUCCUCACAGAAUAAUAGGUAAAAACCAGACUUCUCCUUUAUACCACAUUUAAUCCAUUCAUUGUUUUAACUCAUAACAUGUGUGUAUGCAUUGUUUCAUAUGAUUUUAUUUAUACACAUUAGAGAUGCUAAUAAAUUUUAUUUUUAAAAGUGUCAAAA